UAAGGGCUAAAGUGGCUGGGGGAGCAGGGCACAGAGGUUUAACAGCCACACUUACAAUUUGGGGAGCCCCAUUUUCCCCAAACUCCAGGCUGCUCUUCCUUUUCUUGAUCUCUGAUUCUCUUCACAAGCUCCUGGACAACCUUCACCUCUUGUCUCUCCCCAUGCCCAGCCCAAUUUCUUUUUUCAGUCCCUUACAGGACGUCUGGUCAAAAUUCACUAGGUAGGAGGGGCAUCAGCUGGGAAGAACCGGAGCCUGGGGGGACCUGACUGGAUAGAUAUGGGGGAUCCAGGCCAGCCCCCUAGUCCCCGGUCCCCCCAUGGCAGCCCCCCAACUCUAAGUGCUCUCACUCUCCUGCUGCUUCUCUGUGGACAUGCUCAUUCCCAGUGCAAAAUCCUCCGCUGCAACGCGGAGUACGUGUCGUCCACCCUGGGCCUGCGAGGCGGGGGCUCCCCGGGCGCGCUGCGCGGCGCGGGAGGCCGGGGGGCGCCGGGGGGCGCGGGCGGCGUGUGCCGGGCCCUGCGCUCCUACGCGCUCUGCACGCGGCGCACCGCCCGCACCUGCCGCGGGGACCUCGCCUUCCACUCGGCCGUGCACGGCAUCGAGGACCUGAUGAUCCAGCACAACUGCUCGCGCCAGGGCCCCACGGCCCCUCCGCUGCCCCGCGGGCCGGGCCUGCCCGGCGCUGGCCGGGCCAGCGCCUCGGGGUCCCCCGCCGCAGACCCCUGCGACUACGAAGCCCAGUUCUCCCGGCUGCACGGCCGCGCCCCCGGCUUCUUGCACUGCGCCUCCUUCGGGGACCCCCACGUGCGCACCUUCCACCACCACUUCCACACGUGCCGCGUGCAGGGGGCCUGGCCCCUGCUGGACAAUGACUUUCUCUUCGUGCAGGCCACCAGCUCCCCCGUGGCCUUGGGGGCCAACGCCACCACCACCCGUAAGCUGACCAUUAUAUUUAAGAACAUGCAGGAAUGCAUUGACCAGAAGGUCUACCAGGCCGAGGUGGACAAUCUUCCUGCAGCUUUUGAGGACGGUUCUAUGAACGGAGGCGACCGCCCCGGGGGCUCGAGUUUGUCCAUCCGAAGCGCCAGCCCCGGGAGCCGCGUGGAGAUCCGAGCCGCCUACAUCGGCACGACCAUCGUCAUCCGGCAGACAGCUGGGCAGCUCUCCUUCUCCAUCAAGGUAGCCGAGGAUGUGGCCAGGGCCUUCUCGGCGGAGCAGGAUCUGCAGCUCUGUGUUGGGGGGUGUCCCCCAAGUCAGCAACUCUCUCGCUCAGAGCGCAGUCGCCGGGGCGCCUUGGCCGUGGAAAGCGCGCGGCAGCUGUGCAAGGAGGGGCUGCCGGUGGAGGACGCUUACUUCCACUCCUGCGUCUUUGAUGUCUUGGUCUCUGGUGACCCCAACUUUACUGCGGCAGCUCAGGCAGCUCUGGAGGAUGCCAGAGCCUUCCUGCCAGACUUAGAAAAGCUGCAUCUCUUCCCCUCAGACGGCGGGGCUCCCCUUGCUGCACCUGCCCUCCUGGCCCCGCUGCUCUCUGGGUCUUUUGUUCUCUGGCUUUGCGCUCAGUAACCAACCAGGCCAACAUUAACGUGACCGCUGGGGAGUGAUCUGGGAGUGCAGGUUGGCAGGGGAAGCAAGGAGAGUCACUGAAGCAAACAGGAGACUGGGAGGUGCAGGAAAUAGCACCCUUGACCCAGAGACAGAUGAGGCUCUAGGCCAGGGUGGAGAGGUGGAGAAUGUGAUUCUGGGCAAGGCUUCUUCUGCAUUCCAGACCUCUGCGGGAGCUGGCCCACGAUUUCUCAGUCCCCUGUAUAGUAAGUGACUUGUUCCAAUCCACCUACUCCUGAGAUCACCCCUACAAGCUUGGGGGCUAUAAGGGUCCUCACAAUCACUAGAAAACUUCAGGGUUGAGACUUGCAAGAGGGAGGAACUUACAGAGGAAGUUGUGAUCACCACCCACACGAAACUCAAAGUCUAAUAAUAUUUUCUCUUGUGAGGGAGGAGGUAAUGUUGCAGGAAACAAGAGUCUUUCACGGAUAUAUGUGGGUAAUGUGUUCUGCUUUCUUGGGUCAGAAAAGAAGCGGGCCUUAGCUGUCUGGAGCCCAGCUGAAGGGAGUCUCUGACGGUAGAGAAUGACAGAUAGGAAAGAAGCUAUCUUCCCCACCUCUAACUAAUCUGUUAUUAAAGCCAUGAAUUCUUCACAACCUCUCCUGCUGCCUAUGUGUAAGCUUUUUGCAGAUGCUUGGUAGGAAGUAAGGCAGUGCGCUCCCUCCACUGGAAGAGAGCUCAGAAGUAUCAGAUCAUUUUUCUGCUCUCAGGAAGUUUACAGACUAUUAAGGACACAAAGUUGAUUCACAUGAAGGAGGGGUGAGUGUGUAAUUAUUCACUAAAUUGUAUGGCUCUGUGAUUUCAGAUGGGGAGAUGGGUGAUGACAACGAAGGAAUAAUAAGCAAUAAGAGAUAACAAAGGAGAUGGGAUUUGAAAUGAUCUUUGAAGACUG